CAUGGUAACGCGGACGCUCGCGCAACCAUGGCCGAUCUGAAGCUGCUGCUCCGGCAGAUCGAACUGAUAAAAGAAGAAUAUAUCGCCACGGACAGGGCUGAUGCGGAGCGCAGAGUUAAAGAGAACGGAGCUGCGGUCCGAAUACAGAGCUGGUUCCGCGGUACCCGGCUGCGAUCAUACCUGAGACAUCUGCACAGACAGGCAAUCGUUAUUCAGAAGAUAUGGAGGGGCUACGUUGCAAGGGUGUAUUUCAGAAAAAUGGUGAAGGUUCAGUGUUUCCUCAUGAAGAUGAAUUUCUACAAUGAGAUGGCUGUCAGGAUACAAAAGCGUUGGAAGGGCUAUUAUGUACGAAAGUAUGUACAUAAUUAUUAUGCCAGAAAAAGAUACCUGGACGGAUUAACAAAAAAGAACGAAAAACUGAGGAGGGCCAUGGAGGAGUUUUCUGAGAUGCAGCGAAACGAGCGGGAGCAUUAUCAGAUGGAGCGUGAGGAGCAGAAGAAGUGUCUGCAGGCCCGGAGGAUGCACUUCCUGCUCAGCACCCAUCAGAUCCCAGGUGUGUUCAACUCCCCAUACAGAGAUUUCCCUCACGAAAUGGAGCUGCAAAUGAAGAGCGUCAAGCCCCUGCUCGUCAAGGAUAUCCACCACAAGAGGCAGGCCGUGGAUCCCUCGGCCCUGGGGGACACUUUCCUCAAAACACAGCCGCUGCCCCCGAUACCCAGCAAGAAGCCUCAGGGACCCUUCCGUGAUCCGGCCGCAGUCCUGCAGCAGAGGUACCGGCCACUGGAGCCCAGCCUGCGCGUGGCGACCUCCAUCACGGACCUGGAGGAGGCCAGAGAGGAGCUCCGCCGAGGGGAGUGGCAGAGGAGCAUCAUCCACCAUGCAUUUCAGCCUUUUUCCCAUGCGCACAGAAACAAGAAGUACGAGAGGUCAAUUCACACAGCGUCCUCUUACGAAAGGCUGGGGUACGGCACCGUAUAUUUCAGAGAAGAAAACCAGGGGAAACUGCGAGGAAAAAAGCCCUUCAAAAGCAUCUUCACAACCUGCCACGUUUUUGACAAAUUUGGACAGUUCUAUUCCAAUGCUGGUAAAAUAGUGUAGAGAUUCCUGAGAUGUGUCCCAUACAAGGACAAAGAUUUCCAUGCCAAAGGUGUUUUGUAACAAGGUUCUCCGUGAAGUUAAAAACAAAAUAAUAUUUUAGGUGUUACAGGCAACAUAUUGGCUUAUAUUGUACAUGUGCAUAAUUUCAUGUCUGCUGUACAUUUGUUUUAAUAAAAAACACAAUGUGUGAUUUACAAAAAAAAAUCUAACUAAGGACAUGGGAUAGUGCAGGUUCCGGAAAACAUGCUCAUUGCUUCACUUAUUGUAAUAACUUACAGUUAUUACAAAAGCUGCACACAGCAUGUAAUAUAGGUCCAAGUUAUAUGUGAGAUUUAUAAAUCGGGUGUUAAUUUAUGGAAUCUAGAGGGAUUUCGGGAUUUUAUCAUUUUAUCUAGCUAGCCUUGAAAUGUGGUGUCACAGAUUUCAAUGUCUGCUUGACAUCUUAGUGACAUACUUAGCCUGAGAAACAUUAUAAAGGUACUGUUGAAAUGAAACCCAAAUUUCAAUUCAUUUAAAGUACUAAAUGUAGAUUAAAAUAACAAGUGGAUUCUGGUACGGCAUCCCAUCCAAGGCAUAUGCUGUCCUUAUGUCUGUGCAACCUGGGAGACCCAGCAGUCCCCUCCAUGACCCUAACCAUGAUAGGUGCCUACAACAUGAAUGCAUGGAUUUUGGUAUCGUUAAUUUUUAUUAAAUUUUUUCGCCUUUAGCUGAAUAAAACAAUUUGUG